GUAGAUUGGAGAAUUAUCGUAUGGACAGGGACGACUUGAAGAUGGCUUGAUUCACCAUCUAUGGGACAUGCAGCUUACCCUGAACGAAGUGGGCUUAAGUCAUCCGCGCGUGGCGACAAUCUUGAACAAUAUUGCUCUUGUUUACGAUGAUAUGAAUGACAAAAAAGCCGGUGAUUUAUUCAAAGGCGUUUUGAAUAUAAUGGUUCAGGCCUAUGGACAAAACCAUGUGGACGUAGCAGUUGUCAGGUAUAACUUGGGAGCAUUUCUUUUCGCAAAUAACCUUUAUGAGAGAUCCCGCUAUCAGUUCAAUGAAGCUCAACGUAUAUUCGAACUUUUCCUUGGCAAUGAUCAUCCGGACACGAGAUUAACUGAGGUCGCACUGGAAAAACUGCAUGCAUUCGUUAAAUAAAGAAUAGGUCUAUAGGAUAUCGAACCCGCAUAAUAAUUAUAGGUCAAAUAUAAAGGAUUUAAUUUUAGAAUUUUAAAGAGGUGAAAUUCAGAAAAAGGGGAUAUUAAAGUACCGUAUAAGUAGAGUAAAUAGGAUGAAAUUCACAAACGGGGAGGGGGGUACAAAAGUUUUCCGAGGCGGCCAAGUACUAAAAGGGCCACGCCCACCUUA